UUCUUUGCAAUCAAAGUCCUUGAGUUCUCUUCAAAUCCAGGCCGCGUCUUCGUGGAUACAUGUCUGGCACACACAAGAUCAAGAUCGCCGCGCGCCUGCGACCACGCAUCGAGCACGAAAUUGACGACCAAGGGAUACAGAUAACACACGACGAAGACGGAGAGGGACCCUCGUGGAUUCGCGUGCCCAACCCACGGGACGCGACGCAAGUCUUUCGCUUUCCAUUUACCAGUUGCUACGACCAAGAUUCUACACAAGAGGAGAUCUUUGAGCAGGAUGUGAGACCGCUCAUUGACGUUGUAUACAGUGGCGUCACCGUGACAAUCUUUGCCUACGGCGUGACGUCCUCUGGAAAAACACACACAAUGCAAGGAACAAGGGCAUGCCCUGGCGUCAUUCCACGAGUUGUCGAGGCCAUGUUCGAACAGAAAGCAGCGUUGCUGAAGUCCAACGUCGAACUCGCAGUGUCGUACAUGGAGAUAUAUAAAGACGAGUGUUAUGACUUGCUGGUUGAUCGGGAGACGGCUCCGAAACUCCCCGUACGAGAGAAUGAUGUGGGCCAAGUCUUUGUUGCAAACUUGAGUUCGAUACCGAUAGCCUCAGUUGAGGAAUUCGUUGCAAUUUAUUCCCAAGCAUCAAAGCACCGCUCAGUGGGCGCAACAAAUCUUAAUCGUUCUUCGUCUCGUUCGCAUGCGAUGUUAACGCUGGAGGUAACGAUGACUGAUUCUUCGGCACAGAAAUCAUUAACAGGAAAGAUCAACCUUGUUGAUCUUGCUGGUUCAGAGAACAACAAGCUAACUGGAAACGACCCCACACGGAUGGCUGAGAGUUCAGCCAUCAAUAAGAGCCUGAGCGUCCUCGGGCAGGUUGUGCAUGCAUUGAACCAGGGGGCUUCUCGAAUACCAUAUCGCAAUUCCAAACUCACGCGCAUUCUCCAAGACGCCCUCGGCGGGAACUCCGUGGGAUUACUCAUCUGCAACCUUGCUCCCGGAACGAAAUUUAGGCAGGAUACCCUGAACACGUUGAACUUCGCAGUGCGGACAAAGAACGUCGAGAACAGACCGGUGGUCAACGAGCGCGACAUACGACCCCAACCCAAACCCCACUUCGCAGCAAUCCUACCACCACCUCCGAAACUUGCACCUGCCGUACUCCAGCCUUUGGAAGCUGUCGCAGGUCCGUCACGUGGCCCGCGGCCCAGCAUCGCCCGCGCCGCACCCAGAGCAAGCCUUGCUGGCGCAGGUCAAAGUAGAUCUCGUGUACCACGUGCCAGCGGCAUUGGGGUAUUUGGAGGCCAUAAGGGACGUCGUCCUUCGGGAGUGCCCGCACUUAUUAGCGAGAAAGCAGAGACAAGUGGUAACUUUAGCAUGAUGCAGUUGACAGAUAAGGAAAUUGAUGAGCGGAUCGCAAGGGCUGUUGAAGUUGAAGUUGCACGCCGUCUCAAGGAGCGCGAAGAGCUUGACCGACAGGAGAAGGAGAAUAACACGUUGCAGUUGAAACUUCAGAAAGAGAAGGAAAAAGAAAAGUUGAAAGAAGAAGUCCAAAGACUUCCGGCUGGGGUGCUUUCCCCGCUUAUGGCGCAGCACCGGGAUCUGGAUCAUGAACUUCGUGUGAGGCUUGAGGAAUUGGAAGAGAAGUACGAACGCGGGACCAAAGAACUUCAGCUGGCAGAUGUGCUUUCACCUGUUUCGCGGAAGAAAACUGGACGCGCGUACGUGAUGCUGGCCCGCGCUCACUCCGAAAAGGGCGACCUACAAGUAGCGCUUGACCUAUACCGCAAAGCUGAGACGUAUGUCCCAGAUAACGUCAAGCUGAAAGAGAGAGUUAUCGAGAUCGAGUGGGCGGUGAAGAAUGGCACCACAUUCAUCCCUUCUCCGAAGAAGCCCAGAAAGGCGAAGAAGACGAAGGCUGGGAAGCGCAAGGCGGUGGGUAAGGUCAUGAGUGGAGACGAGGACGAAGAGGAUUUGACGAUGGACGGGAUCCAUCAGAUGCUGGGAGGCGAGUCGAGUGGAUCUGCAAACCCGCUGAAGAGGUUCAAAGUCGAGGAGGAUGUUACGCAGGCUAUGUCAGCGACCCCGCAGAAGAGGGUGAAAUGUGAGGUCGAGGGAGACAUAUGAGCCUUUGUCAGUUGCAGUGCCGCGACGUCACAUGUAUGGCUGUUCUGUUGUAUGUACAGGUUCGCCAGUGUAUCAUGUAAUGCCCGAGUCCUUAAAAACGACGGUUGAUGUUUUUGCUUUGCCAGAUUCUUGUUAGUCCAACUAAGUAAACCUUCUCCUAGAACUCCUAGGCUACAUUGCAUGCUGAUUCUCAUAUUCUAUUCG